AUGCAGCCGGAGUCCCACUCCUGCAUACCGACGGCGUCCUCCACGGCGCUCUCGCUCACCUUCACGGACGAGGGUGGAGAGUUACCGCCCAAGGAGCCGGUGGAUGACACACGCUCAGGGGGAGCAGGUCACCUAGAAAGAGAACAUCCAAGAUCGUCUCCUCUCCCCUAUGUCAAAAAGGAGGAGUUGGAAGAGAGGAUGGACUGGAGACGUACAUUGCCUUCUCCUAGACACGAGGUAACGAAUGAGCUGUCUGGCGAGCUGGCACAUGUGAAGAAGCGGGCCCGAUCCCCUUCUCCACUUUCCGUCCAUCCACGUGUACGUGCACGGUCACUCUCACCUUCUCUGUCGGAAAAAGAAAGGGAACGCGAAAAGGACAGGGAUAGAGAACAUGAGCAAGGAAGGGAGCGGGAAAAGGACAAGAAACCAACCCAGCCAUUCCUCCCGCCCAUACCCCGGUACGAGCCUCGUCCCAAGUUCAGCACGACGCUGGCACAGGAAGCCGAGUAUGCCCGUCUAGGACGCUCACCGGGCCAAUGUCGCCUGCGGAGCAUCGCAAAACCGGAAAAGCAUGGCGUCGCGCACUGCACGAACUUGAUAUGGCUACGCUCGAGUUGA